AUGAGCCAAGCCGUGUGCUUAGAUUGUAGCCGAGCCGUUACCGUACACACGUGGACCCCACUGCUGCCAUCCAAGUCGUUUCAGCUGGCUCCGAGCCGUUUCGCCUCAUUGUUUGUGCCAUCUCAACUGCUCCGAGCCGUUUCAGCUGGCUCCGAGCCGAUUCAUCUAAAGUUAUCAAAACAUUUAGCUUUUGUAGAAAGAACUUACCAACUUAAAAUUAUGAAGAUUCGUUUGGUUGUAUACAGCGGCGGAAAGUUGGAGUAUGUUGCUGAUGCUGAUUCAAGUAGACGUGGUUUAGAAAUUGAACCCAACCUUUCAUACACUGCUCUUCUAAGUAAAGUGUCAAACAUGUGUAGUUCUACAAACAUUACGAAGUUAUCGUAUCGGUUGUCUUCCUUUAGUGAUCCAAUCGAUAUAAUAAACGAUGAAGAUCUUGCAAUGUUUUAUAAUUUUGCUAUGGAAAAUAUUUUUGAAAUUUAUAAAUUAUAUGUCGUUGAAGGGUUUUGUGCUGGGUUAUCUAGUUUUUCACAUCCAAAAAAAUUUAAAGUUCCUGAUUUGAAUUUCUGUACUGAUGAAGAAAAUUAUGAUGUUUUAAACGACUACCAGCCAAAUCCUGAUAAUUCAUUUGAAAAUUGUUUGCAAUCUUCAUCAAUUACUUUUGAACCAGGGCACGUAUUUAAUAACAAAGAAGACAUGAAACUUGAGUUGGGAAAAAAAUGUUCGUUAAAACACUUUGAGUUUAAAGUAGACAGAUCUUCUAAAACUCGGUACGAAGUGUCAUGUUUGGUGGACGGUUGCGUUUGGCGUUUUCGUGCAUACAGUUUUGGGGAUAGUGGGGUGUUUUUUGUUAAGAGUUUUAACGAUAAACACACGUGCUCGAAGACGCUAACGUACCCACAUCUUCGUCAGGCAAACCCAAAGGUUGUUGCUCACUAUUUAAAAGAACCUUUAAAACACAGUGGUAGAAUAUAUCGUUGUAAUGAAAUAGUGAAAGAUUUUAGACAAAGAUUCCAAGUUGAGAUAACCACUAGUCAAGCUUGGCGUGGAAAAAGUCUGCCACUAGAGCUUUUACAAGGAACAAGCAGAGAUUCAUUUGCAGAACUACCAUUUUACUGA